AUGGCUGUCCCUCGAGCAUAUGCCCCUGGCUACAUACAAAAUGGUGCGACUAGCCUUCCAUCGCCUGGAGCAGCGCCUCUCCUACCCAACCAAGGCCGUAUCAUCCAGACGGGACCCAUAAGGAUUCUCUGCAUUGCAGACGUUAGAGGAAACCUACGAUCACUCAACGAGCUUGCCAAACAGGCUCAGGCUGACCACAUCAUCCACACUGGCGACUUCGGAUUCUACGAUCACACAUCUCUGGAACGGAUUGUGGAGAAGACUCUGAAGCACGUAGCACAGUACUCACCACUCAUCUCUGAACCAGUCAAGAAGGCUAUUCAGCAGGGUGGCCCUGGCUCUGUGAAAUCCAGAUUCUCUGCAAGCGACCUGCCUCUUUCCGAACUCCCUCUGUUACUCAGUGGAGAGCUGAAGCUCGAUGUUCCAGUCUAUACCGUCUGGGGUGCUUGUGAGGAUGUUCGCGUUCUUGAGAAGUUCAGGUCGUCUGAGUACAAGGUCCACAACCUCCACAUCAUCGACGAAGCCCGCUCCAUGCUGCUGGAAGUAGGUGGUGUAAAGCUCCGACUUCUCGGUCUCGGUGGCGCUGUGGUAAUGCAUAAAUUAUUUGAUAAUGGAGAGGGCCGAACCACUAUCGCAGGCGGACAAGGUACCAUGUGGACGACCCUGCUGCAGAUGGGUGAGCUGGUCGAUACUGCCCAUCGUGUCUACGAUCCUACCGAGACUCGAGUCUUUAUUACGCACGCCUCUCCCGCCCGAGAGGGUAUACUGAAUCAGCUCUCUGUUACUCUGAAGGCGGACUUUUCUAUUUCGGCCGGACUCCACUUCAGGUAUGGAAGCUCUUACAACGAAUUCAGCGUCAAUCCUACGUUGGAUCACUACCGCGGGAAGCUCGCUGCCUCAAAAGCCUCGUUCAACGACGUUUGGGAAACCGUUCGAGGAGAAGUUGAGCCUGCUAUCCAGCAGAACGAGGCCCAGCAAAACCUACUGAAGAAUGCCCUGCAAAUUGUAGAAAAGAUGCCCACAACAGCUGCUGGUGGAAACCCAUUUGGAGGUCCAGUGGGCCAGGGUGCUUUGGGCGCAGUUGACGAAAGCGCUUUCAAGAAUAUGUGGAAUUUCAACCUUGCCGAUGCUGCUUUUGGUUAUCUGGUACUGGAAAUCCAGGAUGGACGAAUCGGAACCGAGAUGCGAGCUCAGGGAUUCAACUUUUCGCACCGAGGAGCCAAGCAGCAGUCCUCUAAUGCUCCUACAACGGCUGCUGCUGCUCCCCCCGCAAGCGCGACUUCUCCUGCUGUCCCCCCUGCCCAAAUCGCCAAACAAUCGCCACCAGCUCAACAGCCCAAGCCCGCUGCAGCUGCCCCCGUCCCUACGAUACCGAACCGAUCAACUCCACAGCCUACUGCGGCAACCUCACCAAUCCCAAAGACGUCUGCAUCUGAUAUCAUUGGCCUGUUCAUUAUGAAUGUCAACACGGACGAGCAGUGCCGCGAUCUGUUUGAUGAGGCUGACAAGUCCAAGAUUCUCAAGAUUGAGAAAUGGGGUGGCUCAAACAAGGUUGUCCAAUUCAGAACGAUUGAGGACCGCGACGGAGCCAUGGGCAGACUACCGGAAGCCGUCAAGACACGAACCACGGAGGAUCGAUCAAAACCUCUGGUCAAGAUCUUCCACCACCGAGAGGGCAAGCCUUUCAAUACCCGCGGCAAUGCUGGAACCUGGGGCGGCAGCGGACGAGGCGGUGCUGCUUCAAGUGGAUAUCGCAGUGCUGGUGGAACCAGUGAUUCCGAGAGCAACCGGCGAGGAGGACGCGGAGGACGCGGAGGGCGAGGUAGCGAGCGAGGCCGUGGAUCUCGGGGACGAGGAGGUCUAAAGGGGGAUUCAGGCGUGUCAUCCGCAGCGGCACCCUCGACUCCUACUGCCGAUUAG